AUGACAACGAGGCUGUGCGAUCUUCCGUAUGAUUUGAUAGGUGAGAACAUUCUCGCUAAGGUUCCGCUAACAUCUCUUAAAGCAGUGAGAUCCACUUGCAAACUACUGAAUGCUUUAUCCAAAGACUUCAUUGUUGGCAAAGCAACAUGGCAGCACAAGUUUCUAGGGUUCAUGAAGCUGUGUGAUGGUAAACUUUAUUCCUUGACAUUCGAUCUUCAAGGAAUCCGCAAGGACGAAGACUUGGUCCAUAGCACUAUAAAGCCAUGUGCUUUACCUUUCCAAGUCGAGAUUUAUAAAGUCAUUCACUGCGAAGGCUUAGUGUUAUGUCUCAUCAAGGACAACUCGCAGGUCAUGGUGUGGAACCCGUAUCUAGGGCAAGCAAGGUGGAUCGGACCAAGAACAAAUUUCUACAGCUAA